CCAACAACAAAACCUACUACUGCUGCUGCUGCACGUCUCCGGGAGAGAGGAAACCGGACCCGUGCCACGGAGAGAGGAAGCCACCCGCUCCGUGAUCGGCUGAGACAACUCAUCACCGCCCCUACCUCCUUUAAGGGGAAACAAAUUAAUCACAAUGCAGCCCACGAGAGCGCAACACGCAGCCCCCAGCACCUAGCCCCUGCGUGGACGCCCCGCCUGCCUGCCCGGGAGCGAUCCGGCCGGGCAGCCGGAGCAGCGACCCCCCCCCCCCCCGCCCCGCUCGCUCCCCCCAUUAACAAAAAAUCCUGGUCCUCCUCCCCGCCCCCCCUUUCCCCCCUUACUCUACUCCGGGACGCGAGCCGCCGAAGGGAAGCCGAGGAGCGCCGGGGGAGCCGUGGAGCGAGCCGCCAGCCGCAAUCACAGGGGCCGCGGGCUGCAAACCCUUUCCGCGCUGACUCCCCGACCGUCCCGCUCUGCGCGCCCCGGGGGGACCCGCCACCGGGAGCCGCUUCGUCCGCCCACCGAGCAGCAUCCCUUAAAAAAAAAAAAAAAAAAAAAAAAAAAAAAAAAGCCAGGGCCGAGCGCGGGAGCUGCUCCAUCCAUUCCGGAGCCAGGAUUUUAUCCGGUGCAUUGAUCCUCCUCCCGCCUUCCUUCCUCCUCCCCGCUCCUCUGGUCUGUCUCUCCCCCUCCCCCGUCUCCUUUUCGGGGUUGUGUUGUUUUUUUUGUUUUUUUUGUUUUUAUUUCGGAUCCUGCUCAAAUGAGCCGGGACUGUGAAUGCGAUUGACUCCGGCUUGCCAGACGCCAUUUUCCCCCCCUGCUUGAGCUCUCCCUCUCUAUUUAUCUCUCUAUCAUCCCUCUCUCUAUCUCCGCGCCUUCCCCCCCCCCCCGCGCCCAACCCUUUCCCUCCCCCCCCCUUCUCCCGGCCCUGAUCGCUCCCCCCGCCUCCCCUCUCCUCUGCGUGUGUUACACGCCCGUGUGCUCCCCGUAUCUGACAGCUGAGCACCGCCAUGGCUUUGCCGCAGCACGAGCGAGAGCACCUUUGGGGGCUCCGGCGAGGGAUUGGAACCGGGAUCUAAAAAGAGAAGAGACCCAGCAGCGGGUGGGGGAAGCCGAGAGACGAAGCCGAGAAGCCCCGCUCCACUGUGGGGGGGCUAUGGUUGCGGCUUUGAUCACUUCUGAGCUCCUUCCAGUGUCCGGACUAUUGGGACUUUAAAUUUUACAAACAGUUACCAUUCAGUUCCUGGGGUUCUCCCCUCUCCCCCCUUUUCUCCUCAUCACCUUCCCCUUCCCCCUUUCCCUCUUAUAAAACUCCAGUGCAUUGUGAGAUUGCCAUGGAGGCAAGGGAGACCCUAGGCAGCUCCCGGCAAAGGGGAGGCGAGGCGGAUUUCCUGCCAGCCACGGUUGCCUCUGCGAAGCCUCCACCUUCUUCUAGCUGCACGGGGGAGACCAUGUUGCCUGCUUCCGGCUCUGGGAAAGGGAUCCCAGUGAGUGGAGAACGACUGGAGCCAGAAGAAGAGGACGAAUUGGGUUCUGGGAGAGACGUGGAUUCCACUUCCAAUGCAGACAGCGAGAAAUGGGUGGCAGGAGAUGGCCUGGAGGAGCAGGAGUUUUCAAUCAAGGAGGCUAAUUUUACAGAGGGGAGCCUGAAGCUGAAAAUCCAGACCACUAAGAGAGCCAAGAAGCCCCCUAAAAACCUGGAGAACUAUAUCUGCCCACCUGAGAUCAAAAUCACCAUCAAGCAGUCUGGGGAGCAGAAACUCUCCCGAGGUGGGAAAAAUAGCAAAGCAGCUAAAGAGGAGGACAGAGGGCACUCCAAAAAGAAGGUUUAUGACCGGCCCCCAAAGCAUUCUGCUCUGCACUAUGACCCAGGCCUCCAACAGGACUUCACCAGUGACACCUUAAAAUCAAAGCACCAGCAAAAAAGCAGCAACCAGCACCAUCUUGACUGGUCAGCAAGCUCUGACACUGGAUCUGCUUCUCAAAGUUGCUUCCUCAAUACAGAAUCCAGCCGAGAAGCAGCUACUGCCACCAAGGUUUCUGCUCAAGAGCCAGUUUCUUUCAGCAUGUCUCAAACAAAGAAAUCUGGUGCAGGAAGCACAUGGAGUCAGUUGUCAACCAACAAUAAAGAGCUGGCUGUAUGCAGUGCAGUUCCAUCGCCAAAUAACAUCACAGCAGCAUCCCAGCCUAGCAAUCCAUCCGAGUGCAAUGGGCUUUUGCCUCUAGUGGAUAAAGAGGGAGGAGGCCAAAUGGAGAUCCCUGACCAACCCACUGGGAACACAAAGAAGAAAUCCAGCAAAAAAGACUUAAUAAAUCAAACUAUCCAAAACACAGAUGUAGAAUGGGUGAAAAAUGCUCAAAAAGCAUUUGAGAGCAAAACCCAUGACAGCAUGGAAGGGAAAAAGGAAUCUUAUUCAACAGACAAACUGCUAGAAGCAUCGCCCUCGAGGCAGAACCCGAGUUCUGCUAAUGGUUCUGAGAGUGACACCAGUCAUGUACGAAUUACUAUCCCAAUAAAGACUCCAACAGCAGAUAUGUCUGGCCACAAAAGGAAAAAAAGGCAAUCUGCAAAAUCUUCAGCAGAUAAAACUAUCCAGGAAAAAAGCCUACCUUCUGGACUUCCCAUGAGCAGUGAAGUAGCAAACAGGACUAGUUCACAACUGGAGGGGAGCAAAAAAGAUCUUCGAGCCACAAAGCAAGGGAAAGCUCCCGAGAAUGAGUCCCCAUUGACAGCUAUUGAGAGCAGUGGGGUCACUGACAAAGCUCCCCCAAACAGUGCAGGUAGGCUCAGAAAAUCGGCAGCUGGAACUUCCAUGUCUGCUCCUACCAAUCUUCCUGCAUCUAGCAAAUUGCCAGAGGUCCAGCACCCAAAACUUGUAGCAAAACGGAGAUGGACCUGCAGCAAACCUAAAAACAUGCUUCAGGAAACCUCUGUGGCUACAUCUGAGAAGCUGAUGGUGGAGCCUCCUUCAGCCUAUCCCAUCACUCCAUCUAGCCCUCUGUAUACCAAUACAGACAGUCUUACUGUGAUUACGCCCAUCAAGAAAAAAAGAGGACGACCAAAGAAACAGCCUUUGCUCACUGUCGAAACCAUCCACGAGGGAACCUCCACCAGCCCGGUCAGUCCAAUCAAUCGAGAAUUUCCAGGCACAAAGAAAAGGAAGAGGAGAAGGAACCUGGCUAAGCUGGCCCAGAUGGUCCCAGGGGAGGACAAAUCCAUCAGUGAACUGAAAUUUCACAAAAAGGUCGGCAAGUUGGGCGUGUUGGAUAAGAAGACCAUCAAGACCAUCAACAAGAUGAAGUCCCUCAAGAGGAAGAAUAUUCUGAAUCAGAUCUUGUCCUGUUCCAGCAACAUAGCUUUGAAAACAAAAGCCCAGCCACCGUCCACCGCAGGAGCUGCGACCAUCGAUGCCAGACUAGGGAAGCAAAUAAAUGUCAGCAAGAGGGGGACUAUCUACAUUGGCAAAAAACGGGGCAGGAAGCCAAGAGCAGAGCUGCAGCCCCCUCCAGAAGAACCUAAGACAGCCAUCAAGCACUCAAGGCCUGUUUCGAGCCAGCCAGAAAACCCAGCAGUGCCUUCCAACUUGCAGUCACUUGUGGCAUUGUCACCAGCAGCUAUUCAUCCGCUUUCAACACAGUUAGUGGGGUCUAAUGGCAACCUUAGCCCUGCAAGCACUGAAACAAAUUUUUCAGAGUUAAAAACUAUGCCAAAUCUUCAACCCAUCAGUGCUCUUCCUACAAAAACCCAGAAGGGAAUGCACAGUGGAACUUGGAAGCUUUCUCCACCCAGGUUAAUGGCUAACUCACCUUCCCAUCUGUGUGAAAUAGGUUCUCUGAAAGAAGUCACGCUGUCACCAGUGAGUGAGUCUCACAGCGAGGAAACCAUACCAAGCGACAGUGGAAUAGGUACAGACAAUAACAGCACUUCUGACCAAGCAGAAAAAAGCUCAGAAUCCCGCAGGAGGUACUCUUUUGAUUUCUGUACCCUGGACAAUCCAGAGGCCAUACCAUCUGACACCAGCACAAAGAACAGGCAUGGUCACCGGCAGAAGCAUCUCAUUGUUGAUAACUUUCUCGCUCACGAGAGCAUUAAAAAGCCAAAGCACAAGAGGAAAAGGAAAAGCCUGCAGAACAGAGAUGACCUCCAGUUUCUUGCAGACCUCGAGGAGCUCAUCAACAAGUUUCAAGUGUUCAGGAUUUCCCAUAGAAGCUACACGUUUUACCAUGAAAAUCCAUAUCCUAGCAUUUUCAGAAUUAAUUUUGAUCAUUAUUACCCUGUGCCAUAUAUCCAGUAUGACCCAUUGCUCUAUCUUCGCAGGACCUCUGACAUGAAGUCUAAGAAGAAGCGUGGUAGACCUGCCAAAACCAAUGACACCAUGACAAAGGUGCCUUUUUUACAAGGGUUCGGUUACCCUAUUCCCAGUGGGAGUUACUAUGCACCCUAUGGAAUGCCUUACACAUCAAUGCCUAUGAUGAAUCUUGGUUACUACGGUCAGUAUCCAGCUCCUUUGUACCUGUCCCACACACUUGGAGCAGCUUCCCCAUUUAUGAGGCCCGCAGUGCCCCCACCCCAGUUCCAUUCAAGCUCUCAUAUGAAGAUGUCCACCACUGCCAAGCAUAAAGCCAAACACGGAGUGCACCUGCAGACACCUGUGGGAAUGAGCCUUGGAGAUAUGCAGUCCUCCUUGGCACCUCCAAAGGUUGGAGGAACCAACCUUUCUAGUGGCCGACUUCACAAAAGAAAACACAAACAUAAGCACAAGCAUAAGGAUGAGCGGAUAUUGGGGGCACAUGAAGAUCUGAGUGGUCUUUUUGCUAGCAAGUCCACCAGCUUCUCCAGCCAUGCAAUCAGUGAAAGGCUAAGUGGCUCAGACAAAGAUCUCUCCUUGCUCAACGAGAAAAGCAAGCAUAAGGAGAAACAGAAGCACCAGCAUUGUGAAACGGGACACAAAGUCUCAAAGAGUAACUUUGAAGUGGAUACACUGUCUACGUUAUCGCUUUCUGAUGCCCAGCAGUGGACGCAAAGCAAAGAUAAAAGUGACUUGAGCAACGAUCCCAUUGACUCUUGCACAAAGAGAUACUCGGGUAACACUGAGACUAGUGCAAGGUCAGAGUCCCUGGACAUGUUUGGUGAAAUCAGUUCCUCCAGUGAAAAGCGGGACAAUGAUGCAAGUGGGAAUAAAAGAAGAAACUUUGAGGGGUUUGGAACUUACAGGGAAAAGGACAUUCAAUCCUUCAGGAUGAAUAGGAAGGACAGAAGUACCUAUGAUUCUUCGGCCUCUUCAGGAAUAACAAGUCCCCACUUAAAAGCAGACCAGACUUCGUUUCAUAAUAGAAUAGAAAGUUCUGCCUGUAACAUGAUGACCAGAAGGAAACCAGCAGCUAUUGAAAAUGUUGCAAUGCCACCAACGCCAGUGUUAUCGCUCCUACCUUCAUCCGCAGCAACAUCUGAUGCAGCCAGUUCACCACUGAAAAAGAGAUUCAAGCGUCGGGAAAUCGAAGCAAUCCAGUGUGAGGUGCGCAAGAUGUGCAACUACACCAAGAUCCUGUCCACCAAAAAGAACUUGGAUCACGUGAACAAAAUCCUGAAAGCCAAGCGGCUGCAGAGACAAUCAAAGACAGGCAAUAACUUCGUAAAGAAGAGGAGAGGGCGUCCCCGGAAGCAACCUUUCUCAUUUGACGAAGACUCCAGAGACCAAAUGCCAGUUCUGGAAAAAUGUGUUGACCUUCCCAGCAAACGAGGUCAGAGACCCACAUUGAACCCUUUAAUACUGGAGCAAGCAGCCAGUCAAGAUACAGUCAUGGCCACCAUUGAGGCUGUAAUAAACAUGGCUCGAGAGACACCACUGCUUCCUCCUCCUCCCCCGCCACCUCCUCUUCCACCCCCACCCCUUUCCCGGACACCACGAGUUGGAAAGCGGAAAAACAAAUCGCAUCUGCAGCAGCAUCAGGAGGAGGAAGAAGAAGUGAAAGUGAAAAGGCACCGGAAAGCAAGAGGAAGUGAAAGUGAAAUUCUUCCCUAGUACAGACACAUCCAAAGGAACGCCUGUAUCGGGUGCUGAGCACUUCGUGACCGACACACUGAAGUGUGUAAGGGGUGUAGGUUCUGCUUGACGUCUGAAACAGCAUCAGAGUCACUCUCCUUUUCAGUAGCAUGGCAGCCAUAACCGUUCAGAUAGGAUGGACCAAUAAUAAUCAUCAUCAUCAUCGUCAUCUUUGGCACGAGCCCGUAGGAAAAGAGGAAAAGGAGCAGGGUGUGGGUGGGGGAAUUUCAAAGUUAAUGAGACCAUCCACUUUGCAGAGUGUCCAAAACAAAUCAACAUCUCAGCAUUGCUGUUCUCAUAUCUUGCAAGCGGAAGGCUGUCUUCUCAGUAUGCAUCUGAACUCAUCAUUGAAGCUGCAUCGUCUACUUUGAUUUUAUUUGGUGGUUCAGGCACAACUACAAAUAGCUAUACCAUAGUAGAACUCACUGUAAAAAAAAAUGUAAAUUCCUCAACUGUGAUCUCUGUUAUGAUCUGUUUGAAUUCUUUUAAUUUUUUCAGUUUUUUGAACCUGUUGGGCUUUGGGGACAUCAUAAUCCCACAUGGCCUGAAUCUUACUCUGACUAGACAUCUUUUUUCUCAGUUAUUUGCCUACUUACAAGGACUACCUGCAAUAUAGGCAAUACACAAAUACAGCCUUACAUGCACACACAUGCUCAUUCCGAGUGCUAUCCUGAGGAAUGAUGGAAUAGCAUCAUGUUUUAAAAUAAGGUGUAUAUGGAUAUUCAGUAAUGGUAGCACCUUUCUGUUAAGCAACUUGUAAUUCCCAGUGGCAUGUUAACAAAGGGGUCACCAGUCACCAAGUUGUUUUCAUGCUCAGCAUAUAGCAGUAAAGAACAGCAAGAAACUUCUGGGGAAUAGAAAAUAUUGUACAGUAUGGUUAAAAUCACCAAACAUGAGGGGCGGAGGAAGGCCCAGUCCUGCUUAUUCUCAUCACCAGGAACUCCCAUUGAAAUCAGUGGGAAUCCCAGGUGCAGAAUGUUUGCGGGAUUGGAUCAAAACUGUGUAGCAAUGCCUUGGUGUGUUGUUUAAAAAGAAAAUAGCUAAAGUAGGUUGUUUAAAAAAUACAGACAAUAAAACCAUAUGAAGAAGUAGGUUAUUUCUUGGCAAUUACUUCGUAAGACAAAAAAGGAAUAAGUGUUCUUAUCUGAAAAAUAAAAAUAAUGUUCAAAGGGUAGCACCACUGCAAUUGUAUUAAUGCCACUUUGGACAAGUUCUCCAAGUUGUGGUUGCCUUAAUAAACUAAACAGUUUUUUUGUACAUAAUGUAAUUAUAAAGCUAUCAGUCUGCAUGGAUGCAAACUGUGUGUGACAAAUCGUCUCUUUAAAUGGUCAGUUUAAAUUGUAAAUUUCUCCUUGGAGUUGUACUUUAGCCAUUGAUUUUAGUUUGGAUAAAAUAUCUGAUCUCAAUGUCCACAGCCCAGUUAAAAACGUUAAGCAAAACUAAGACUGAAGAUGAAAGCUAUUCCAUUGCAGUAAUAAAACUUUUUAAAAGUCAGUUGUUGAAAUUUUAAAACAGGGACUUUCAACUUUAUUUUAUUUUAUUUUAUUUUAUUUUUAAUUCCUCCAAGAUUCUGAACACCUGGCAUGGCAAGAUUAAUGUUAAAAGAGGAAGUGAGGGAAAUUCCAGUGAGGGAGUGGAAAGUGGAAUUAUUAAAUGAUUCCCUUGUUCGAGAAAUCUUUGAUGUGGCUUAUUGCCAAGGAAAUUUCAAAUAGCAUGACACUAAAUAACUAAAUAAAAAUAUUAGUUCUCUGAAAAAAGAAUGUGUUUCUUUUCUGUUCUUUAUUUACAAAAUUAUAUCAAGACUAUGGUGUUAAAGGGACACUGUAAACAUAAAACUCAUUCUUUUUAAAGAUUGAUUUUUUUCUUACUUCUGUUAUAGCACCUUAGGUUAUUCAGAUUGAAUGCAUUUUUUAAAAAAAUCUAGGGGCAAAUUUUGUGGUCUUAACUCAUUUAAAAGUCUCAUUAAAACCAAUGAAAGGGACCAUAGGAUUCUGUUCCUAAUUUGUUUUUGCACCAUUUAUUCUACCAAUUUGCUUUUUGUGGGUUUUUUUGUGUUUUUUUUCUUUUAAUUAUGAUUAUUUCCUUUGCAAUUCACACAGUUUAGGAGUAGCCUGGUCAGUUUCUCAUUCUGUUAUCAUUAGUUUUGCUUUCUGGUCCUCAUGAACUAGUGCAGUGUUGCUGGUUGAAGUCUUGGUACUACAGAGAAAUAUUUAAAUUCCCCCCUUUCCCCACCCAUAAGAAACUUUAUUGGUAUUUAGUUUUUAAAGGAAUUAUUUUUUUUCUCUCCCUUUGGCCUAAAACAUUGACAGUGUCUCUUUAAAUGCACAAGAAAAAUGUAUUCUUGUUUUUCAGGUAGACUGUAAAUGGAAACUAAUCCCAGCAUUGACGAAUCCUAGAUUCAAACUCAAAUGUUCUGUUUCCCCAUUAGCAAAACAGAGGGUUUCAUGUUUAGCGGGUGGAGAAAAGGUCUCAAAUGGCCAAAUUCCAUCCUUGGAUGCCACAUGUGGAUCCCAUUGAAGAUCAUCAGAGCUGUCCAUGUAUCUCCAAGGGCUGAAUUUGUUUCCUAAAUUGUGGCUAUCCCGACAGAGGUGCGCUGGGGAGCUGUGCCCCAUAUGCAUCGACACCUCCCACACAGCAUCCAGGCAUAAUGCAGAGCUAGUUCUCCCUGAGCACUAGACUAUGGGCCAACUCAGUGCUUCAUGUCCCCAAGAGGGCAGAAGUAGUGGGUUGAGGGGGUGACCGGAACCCUGCCCCAUCACACUCUUGCUAAUAACUGAAGGAAAUAUACAGUAUUCUGCCCACAGGCAGACUACUUAAGAGCACCUACACCCCGCCACUACUGCCCCACCCCUCUCUCCCCUACAGUGUUCCGCAUAACAGUAAGGGCACAAUUAGGAAUCAACAGUAGGUAUCCAAACAGUAGCUUCCAAAGAGUUUACCAUCUAGGUCAAGUGGUCUUUAACUAGCACGACUGAGGAUUUGUUUCUUCCGUGCAAGAGCUUGCAAUGGAACAUAGUAGGAAGCAAGGAUGCUCUGAUCCAGCAUUGGCUGUUUGUCCAAACAACAGCACCGCACAAUCAUUAUUGGCUGGCGGAUGAUUAGCAUGCUAAUGUGUAUGCAAGCAGGCGGAAAAUGUUGCUCAGUGGCACUCAGAAUUUGUGUUCUGCAUGUUGCAUAGUCUCUAAAGAUGAUAGGCAAGUUUCUGACAGAAUAAUAUUAUAAAGUGAUGUACUACAUGCAGGUCAUAAAGGAUUUAGUUUUAGGGCUUAAGGCUAAAAUCCCACUCCUGAAGUUUAUUACCCAACAUUAUUCCAGUAAUGAGCUUUUGGGUUUUUUUUUCUCCCUACCACUAUUAAGAUUUACUGAGGAACUGCCUAAAUUCUCAGAACAUAUUUCCAAGGACUGACUAUAUAAAGCAAGGAAAGGGGACAGUUGGGAGCGGGAAGAGGAAGCAGUAUCUUGAGUCCUUCCAAUACUAAAUGUUGCGUGAAGCACCUUGCAUGCUUUCGGGCACUGUAGAAAUAAACAACAGCAACACUAAUUAUAAUAAAUACUAGGGUAUCCUACUGCAUGGUCCAUACAUCUCCAUUUUCCAACAGUGUUUUGGACUAUUCAUUGUGUUUGUAUCGGUUGUACUAAGCUGGGCACAAUGGGGCCCUGGUCCAUGACAGAGGGGUCAUAGGUGCUACAGUAAUACAAAUAUAUAAUUAUUAUUAUUCUAUACAUAAGGAUCUCCCUAACUCCUCUUUUCACAGCCCCCAACUCAGGAAAUCACUUAAGCAAGUGUUUAAGCACUAUCCUCCUUAAAGGGAUACUUUUCUGAAUUGGGGUGACCCCGAUCAUGCCUUUGUGAUACUUCUUCCUUCUAGCAUCAUCCAAAAUAUGAGGUGCAGCAGUUCUGAGACAAUUAGAAGCACAUUUAAGCAAGAGAAACCUAAACCUAAAGACGCCUCUCUAGGUUGUAUAAAACACUAAAAAAGAAAACAAAACAAAAAAAAGAAAAAAAUUGUAAAACCAUAAAAAAGCUGCCAAUUGGACAACGUGGGGAAAGCAGUUCAAUCCCAUGUUGGUUUGUUUUACUUUUUUCUUUUUCUUUAAGCUAUUUCUUAAAUAAUAAAUGCACAUGAAGUGUUAAAUAUGUAUAUACUGUAUUUCAAAAAAUUAAAAAAAAAUCAAACGAAUGGGGCACAAGAUUGUUCUAUAAGUCGUGCUGGCUAAUUUUUAGUUUGUAUUCAUAAGUGGUUUUUAAAAGCCUUUUUUAAAGUGUAAUUUGCAUGUUCUACUUUGAUUGUAUGUAAACAUAUUUUAGAGCAAAAAAAAUGUAUUUGUAUUUUAUUGAAUAUAGAGGCAAGAGAAAAAAACCUUGUACAUUGUUUGAAAUGUUCUUUUUGUAACAGUUUUUAUUCAUGAAGCAUUUUUGUACAUUUAAAAAUGGAUAUGGACUUGGUGUUAUUUGAGGCUUAGAUACAUCUGGCAUGCUUUAAUGUCAUGCUCCUUCAUGAUCUUAGAUGUUGGUUUUUAAACAUUUUUUUUCUAAAACAAAGCUCAGUCUUUUGGCUACCAAGUCUGGUUAGCACAGUGUAGAGCACUUAACUAAAAAAAAAAAGGAAAAAAAAAGAAAAAAAAAAGAAAAGAAAAGAAAAAAAAGUUAAUCCUAUUCAUAUGUUAUUCAUUGUGUGAAAUUAAAGGAAUUCAAUUCA